AUGAAGGAGAGUACCUUCAUCGAUCCUUUGGUUAUUCAGGAUCUGGAGACCAUGGCCAGAAACUGCAGUGGCGUCCUCUUCGAUCGCAUUAUAGAACUCAACCUCGUCAAUAACACGGACCUAAUGAUUCGUUUGUAUGGACUGUGUCCUCAAAAUUCGAGCAACCAAACAAUCUCGUUUUGGGAGGAAGUAGCUCCCGCUUUGAUAGUUUACACGCUCACUUUUCUUUUGGGAGUGGUUGGGAACCUACUGAUUGUGGUGGCAGUGUUUGGAUACAAGCGAAUGAAGAGCUCAACAAACAUAUUCUUGGCCAGUUUGGCCAUCGCUGAUUUACUCUUUUGUCUCAUAUGCAUCCCUGUAAAGCUGGCUAAAUUGUUUUCCUUCUCGUGGACCCUUGGGUAUUUCAAUUGCAAAUUCAUCACUUACUUGGAAAUUGUCCUGGCAGUCUCAUCCGCCUUAAACCUCACGGGAAUGAGCAUGGAAAGAUGCUACGCCAUUCGCUAUCCUUUGAAGGCCAGAUCUGUGUGUACGAACAAUAGAGCUCAAAAAUCUGUAGCAUUUUUGUGGAUCCUCUCUUUGAUUUUAUCCACUCCCGUACUGUUCAUUCAGGUCCAUAAGAAAGUUGGCCUGGUGGAGAUAGUGUAUUGGUGUACACGAGAUGAAGAGCAAUCAUUUAUGUGGCCAUUACACGAGAUUUACGUGUUUUGUGUCAUCCUCCUGAUCCCUGGGGUGAUCAUGUCGGUUUCUUAUGGAUUAGUUGCCUUGGAAAUGUGGCGAUGUUUAAAAGAGAGGAAGAACCUCUCGGCCCAUUUUGUUGACCCUUCUCUUUCAAACAACAGACAAGAAAAUGAAACCCAAAUUUUGAGACGGAACAGGGGCGACAAGAAGUUCAGGUAA